AUUUCUUUGAAGACACAAGAACUCUAUGCCCUAGUUUUUGCUACCCGCUACUUGGAUAUUUUUACGGACUAUAUAUCUUUUUAUAAUACCAUCAUGAAGUUAAUAUUCUUGGGGAGCUCAUUUUCAAUUGUUUGGUACAUGAGGCGCCACAAAAUUGUUCGUAGGUCCUAUGAUAAAGACCAAGAUACCUUCCGCCAUUAUUUCCUUGUACUGCCUUGCUUAAUCUUUGCACUAGUUAUCAAUGAGAAGUUCACCUUUAAGGAGGUCAUGUGGACAUUUUCUUUAUAUUUAGAAGCCGUGGCCAUACUUCCUCAGCUCAUACUGUUACAGAGAACUAGAAAUAUUGACAACUUGACAGGGCAAUAUGUGUUUCUUCUUGGUGCUUACCGUGCAUUAUACAUUCUCAACUGGAUCUAUCGCUACUUCACUGAGCCACACUAUGUCCAUUGGAUACCUUGGAUAGCUGGGCUUGUUCAAACGUUGCUUUAUGCUGACUUCUUCUAUUAUUAUUUCCAUAGCUGGAAGAACAACAAAAAGCUUCAAUUGCCAGCUUGAGUACAUCCUCCUCAUUUGUUAGGAACUAAAUUUGUCUUGUAAUGCUUAAGGAUAUGCAAAUGCUUCCAUGCAAAAUGCUUAGAGAUAUGUCAGUUUUUUAACUAAGACAUCUGUCUGGCCUAAAAAGAAGAAAGUAAUAGUGGUUAUUGGUUUUUUGGGGGCAAUAAUUUUAAGUGCAGGUCACCGGCAAACAAUGGACAUCGCCGUAUGGAGGAAUCAAAUUUAAGAUGUCUGAGCUGAUCCUGUAUCUAGGUCAAUUAUUUUACCUGAAUUUUGGUGACCAGAAAAAUAGAAAGAAGAUAAUGUAAUAGACUUCAGAGUUCAGACAAUGCGCUGCUAGUAUGGCUUAAUCACUUGCAUCAAUUUGAUUUCCUAACCUUCUGUUUCUGGGUUAGCAUCAUUGUUAGAUUGAAGUCAAGUGACUCAAGUCCUGGUUGUUAUGUAUCCAUAGUGCCAGCAUAUCAAUCAACGAAUCAAUCUACCCGUACAUACCA